AUGACGACGGACUUCAAACACUUUCCAAAUCGAGGUCGUAUAAAUGCUUUCAUGUCCAAUAAAAAAUUGAAUCCGCUGAGUAUGCAUCUUGCCAGUGAAAAGAAUGGACGAUGGAAAUUCUUGCGUCAGGCUAUGAGCCCCUUUUUCACUUCAGCAAAAACGAAGCAGAUGUAUGAAAAACUUUCUAUCGCCAUAGACAAAGUGAGCUCUCACCUGGACCAACAAAUGAAUGGCCAGAAUUCUAUAGAUGUAGAACUGAAGGACUUAUUCGAAAAAUUGACCAUGUACAACAUUAUAUCUUGUAUUUUUGGCAUAGAGCAUACCUCCACCAUCUCCAGCGAUCAAUUUCAGCAUAUGAUGAAUGAAACUAUAAGACCGACUUUUUUGAAAACUUGGUGCAUAAUUUUAGCAUCCUGCUGUCCCGCUUGGUUGAAUGAUAUAAUAAAUGGGGCAGAAGUGAAUGAUAAAGUGCUGGAUUACUUUAAGAACUUGGUUCUCGAUGCAGUGGAGUAUCGAAGACUACAUGGUGUUGAAGGAAAUGACAUACUUCAGCCACUAAUGAAUUUACAGAAUUCGCACUUGGAUUCAAAGUUUGCAGUCAGUGAUAAGAACAAACCAUUCGAACCUCAUA